AUGAGCACCACCUACCCACCCCAACCACCAACAACCCUCUCCCUCCCUCACAUCCUCUCCCUCCGCUGGACAUCCACCACACAGAUCCACCCCCAAUCCAUCAUCGCCUACAACCUCUCUCUCGGCGCCCCCGCCACGCACCUGGCCCACGUCUACGAGCGCCACCCUUCCUUCGCCCCGCUCCCCACCUUCGCCAGCACCUUCGCCAUCGCCCUCAUGUCGCUUGUCCACGCAGACAUGCCCACCUUCCUCCCCAACUUCCAAGCCCACAACCACCUGCACGCCGCCCACGCUCUGCGCCUGCACCGGCCCCUUCCACACACCGGCACGCUCCGCCACGACGCCCACGUGCUGGACGUCCGCCCGGCGCGCAACAAUGGCGUGCAGCUCCGCGUGCGCAUCACCACCACCGCCGCCGACGACGGUUCGCAGCUAGUAUUGUGCGAGCAGGAAUGGACCAGCAUCGUACUUCACGUCCCCACGACGGGCCUUCCUCCGUCGUCGUCGUCGUUGUCGUCCAGCGAAAGCGCCGCCGCAGCGCCUCCUUCUUCACAUAGCCCGCCCCCGCCAGACAGGGCUCCCGACGCGGUGCACACGCACGCCACGAGCGUGGCGCAAGCGGCGCUGUACCGCGCGGCCAGCAACGACUUGAACCCGCUGCACAUCGACCCGGCGACGGCGGCGCGGGCGGGGUUUCCGCGGCCGUUGCUGACGGGGACGUGCACUUUUGGGGUGGGGGUGAGGGGCGUGGUGGAGACGGUGGGGCGGGGAAGGGCGGUUAGGGAGGUGCAGGGUCGGUUGAGGAGGCCGGUGUUUGCGGGGGAUGUGGUUAGGACGGAGAUGUGGGAGGGCGUCGAUAGAGGAGUCGGAGGGGACGGAGGGGAUAGAGCGGCGGCGGUGGUGUUUCGGAUGGUGGUGAGGGAGGAAGGGGGUGGGGGGAGGGUGGUCGUUGAUCGGGGACAGGUGGUGUUUGGGGAGGGUGUGGCGGAGGGAGGGAGAGCGAGGCUGUGA